ACAGCUUAGUAAGUCGCCCGUGGUGUGUGACGAACCACGCAUGCGCUGUUUGUUUGACCUCUAUACGUAAACACGGUUUGUGCGGUGGCAACUCCUUACGGAUGUUUACCGGAUGGAGAUGACAUGACAAUUUGAAGACAAAAUUGGACAUUGAAACCGGAACGAAAACACGACACACUUUCAAAUCCAUACGGUUCACGGAAAAUGGCGACAGGUGCAACGAGCCGUGUCCCUGCCCUUUGCAAAUGUUAAACAAUUAACUGAAUCUACUUGUAAUGCCAGCAUGAUGGCUGACAGCAACAGCAACCCGUGUUCUCGACGACGUAGGAGCGGCAUCAAACAUUAUGUUUGGACGAACAUUAAAACAGUCCAUGUUAGUGCUAUCAUACUAGUUAUAAGUGCAAAUUUUGUUAAUUGUAACAACAAUGCAACGGAUGAAGCUAUUAAAAGUGAAAUACCCAAAAGACUUAAAUUCGUAGAAGCUAUAGCAGGCAGAGGACUCUUAGGUGAUGUAUACCAAAAUGGAACAUUUAGGACUGGUAACGGUUUGUGGGACAAUAUUUUAAAUAAGUGCACGUUGAAACCAUCAGUGAGUUGCUUGCAAAAGAACUUUUAUUCAUAUUUAGACGAGAGUUUAGAAUUCAGUGGUGAUAUUAAUGUUACUAGUGGUGUGUGCUUUAAGAGUAACAAUGUAGAUAUGAAUAAGUAUAGUAAAGAAGCUAAUAUCAUCUACCUCACGGGAAGCAAGGAUAGAAGUUUUGAUGAGAGAUCAUUCGAAGCUGAAAAUGAAAUUAACGACGAUGAAGAACCCGAAACACCACUCGAAGAAGUGACAGACGCGCUUUAUAAUAAAGGGGUAAAAUUCCUAAUGACCCAUGACAUGAAACUCACACUCCCAGAGAUCAUGUUUCAUGGCGCUACCCUGAAGAUAUCUCCCAGGGCAUUGACGAAGACUGGUGCGUUGGUACACAUAGAUUUGGAGCCAAAGGAAACUGGAGGCAGGCUUUUCUUCCAUAAAAUAAAAAAAUACAUCAAGAGAAAGCUCAUUAUGGCGGCACUAGCAAUCAUUUUAGUGGUUAAACUCAUAGCUCUGAAGCUGAUAUUCGUCUUACCAGUAGUCCUUGGGGUAACAACAGCCAAGAAGAUGUUCCUGAAGCUUCUGCUAUUCUUAUUCCCAGCUUUGAGUCAUAUAUUCAAGCUAUGUUCUUGGUACCACCAAAACUACCACACUACGAAGUACCAUCAUCAUCACCAUUUGAUCACGCAUCACCACAAGCAACCCCACGGCCCACCACCACACCCAGUAUACGGACCCCCCCAUGGCGCUGUGAUAGUGAAACCCCACGUGGAGAACCAUCGACCAGCAUUCGAGCAUUACCCUCAAGACUGGGAGCUGUCUGGCCCCGGGCUUGGUAGCGAAUAUCUUUCGGACAUCCAUCGGAAUGCGAUCGCGAAUUUCAAGCCUAAUCCCAACGAUGCCAACGAUAUUAACGCUUGGGGACUAGGGCUUCCGCCAGGUUCUGCAUCUCUCAACGUAGGAGAAUAUGCAAGCAGCAAUAAUGUUCCGAAUGCAAUUCCUGCGCCUAAUGGAAGACCUGUUGGACCACCGCCGCCUAAUCCGUACUAUCGCAAUAAAAAGACGUCACCGCAAGAUCCUGAACAAGCUGAAAAGGAAGCGCUGAUACGGGCAGCAACCCUAGCGGCGAAGGCACCCCCUUCCCCAGUGAGGGACGAGUUACUUAGAGUAUCAGCGGCUAGGCUUAGCGAGUCAAACCGAGUGCGAACUGAGACAGAACUUGUAAGGCAGCAGCAGGAGAUAUUGGCUGCACAGGAUCCAGACACGAUAGCAGCUGAGAAAUUCUAUGGAUCCCUUCUAGAAAAGGUCGAUGUCAUUUUGAAUCCCCUUGGAGCAGCCGACGUUGGCUGCAAGGAGAGAGCUGUGUGUGUGCUUUAUAGAGACCCCUUCAAACACGCACCUUAUAGUAACCUGGUAUCUAAUGAGCUUAGCAAGGACUCAAGUGAGCUGGUACCGCCGGCGGACAGCAAGAUGGCGCUGCGUUAUUACAGAUACGUGCAAGCUGCUAGAGACGGUCAGGAGCAGAAGGACUGUCACGCUUUGUACCCCAAUUGCAACAUAAAUUAUAAUAAAAAAUAAAAACAAUUUGAAUAAAAUUAAAAAAAAAUAAGUGACUGCUGAAAGUGCCAACAACAUAAAAUUCAUAUCAUGUCAUGAAAAAAUAAACACUAAGUAGACUGAACAUGGAUCCGUUGUUGUCAUAUUCUUUUUAUAUUUCACGUAGUAAAUAUGAGUUUUAAAAGAUUUUGUAUAAACACUUCAUGAAGAGUGAAUAAGGUAAAUGACCAUAACAUUUAGUUAGAAGCAAUUUUAUCAAAUGGUACCUCAUUUACUAGGUACUUACUCUUUAAACUUUAAGACUAAAGUUAUUUUAAAAGACUGUUGCUUAAACAGAAAACAUAGAACAUUGCAUUUAUUAAAAAUAAUGUUAUUGUAUAAUUUUGUCACAGCUAAGUCCAAAAUGUGUAAAUGAUAACCUAAUAUAAUAUUUAUUUAUUUUUAAUAUAUAAGUGGGUGGUUUAAUAUAUAAGGGGGAGAUGUAGGACCGUUACUUUAGAAUCAUUUCAUACAUACUACACAGCCAAUAAUGAAUAAAAAAUCCAUACCACUAAUAUUUUAAAAGAAUGUCUUUUUUUUAACAAAUUGAUUUUCCGAAAUUACCAAUCGGACAAAUUAGGGCUUUUUAUAUGUAUGUAUGGAAUAUUCUAAAAUAUUAAGUUUUUGUGUAAGGGAUUAAAUCUUAAUUAAUUUCUAUUUGAUUUCUUGCAUUUUGUAUUUAAUUGAACAUUGGAAUUACAAUAUUAUGCAAAAUCAAUUACUUUUACUGUAGAGCCAUUGAGUCACUAGGACAAUAGAAUUAGGUUAUUAUGUAGAUAUUUAUUUUAAUUAGGCAUGGGGCUCAAACUUUAAUUCUAGAAUUUUAUAUUUUUAUAAAAAAUAUAGGUAUUUUUAAAACGCAGUGAAAAUAUUUAUGCUUAUAUUAAUAAACAUCUAUAAUCUAUGGUAUACUUCAUCGGAAGCUGUCUCUUUUGCACUAAAUUUCUAAAUUAUACUCGGAUGUUGAUUUUAAAGGGUUGUAUUUUGUACUGAGAA